AUGCCAGACGCGAAGGAGAGGGCGGCCCGGAAGGAGGGCGGCGAGGCGGAGGGCGCCUCCCGCACGGGACACACCCGCGAGGACCCGAGCAGCGGCCAGAGCCACCGAUCGCGUCUGAUGGAAAGGGGGCAUGACGUUUCCAAGCUUGAGGGCUACUCAGAAGAGAAGAUGUCAUCCUCCUGCAGCGUGGAAACCAAGGGCAAGGAUGCGAUGCCCUGCGACUUCUGGGAGCAUCUGAAAGAGCAACUGUCAGCCGUGCCCCCCGACUUCAGCUGUUCUCUUGACCUUCUGAAGGAGAUCAAGGAGAUCCUGCUGUCCCUGCUGCUACCGCGCCAGAACCGCCUCAGGAGUGAGAUCGAAGAAGCGCUGGACAUGGACUACCUGCAGCAGCAGGCGGACCACGGCGACCUGAACGUCUCCUACCUCUCCAAGUACAUUCUCAACAUGAUGGUGCUGCUCUGCGCGCCCGUCCGCGACGAGGCCGUGCAGAAACUCGAGACCAUCGCAGACCCCGUCCGGCUGCUGAGGGGGAUCUUCCAAGUCCUGGGCCUCAUGAAGAUGGACAUGGUGAACUACACUAUCCAGAGCCUCCAGCCCCAGCUGCAGGAGCACUCCAUCCAGUUUGAGCGGGCCCAGUUCCAGGAGCAGCUCAACAAAGAGCCUACCCUCCUGGAUCACACCACUAAGUGGCUGAGCCAGGCAGCUGCCGAGCUCACCAGUCCUCCGCUCAGCUGCCCCGAGGACUCCUCCAACUCGUCGCCCGCAGAAAUGGCUGCCCCGGAGCCCCUCAGCCCGGCGAUGGUGCUGUCCCAGGGCUUCCUGAACCUCCUCUUCUGGGACCCUGAGGAUGAAGAGUUCCCUGAGACCCUGCAGAUGGACAGAACGCGGCUGCAGGAGCUCGAGUCGCAGCGUCAGCAGCUAACCAUCCUGGCCUCCGUCUUGCUGGUGGCCAGUAGCUUCUCUGGCAGUGUUCUGUUUGGCUCACCCCAGUUUGUGGAUAAACUGAAACGAAUAACUAAGACCCUGUUGGAAGACUUCAACUCCAGGCCCGAGGAGGUGAUGGAGACUGUGAGUGAUCAGGUGACCCAGGAAAUCCACCAGAGUCUCAAGAAUAUGGGCCUCACUGAUCUGAGCAGCGACAACACAGAGUCUCUGAUCGGGCAGCUCCAGAACAUUGCCAACAAGGAAAACUGUGUUCGCACCGUCAUUGAUCAGCGGAUCCACUUGUUCCUCAAGUGCUGCUUGCUUCUCGGCAUGCAGCGAUCCCUCUUGGACCUUCCUGCAGGCCUCACCCCCAUCGAGGCAGAGCUGGCUGAGCUGGGCCAGAAGUUCGUCAGCCUGACAAGCCACAAUCAGCAGGUGUUUGGCCCUUACUACAACGACAUCUUAAAAACCCUCGUCUCCCCAGCCCAGACUCUGACGAGAGUGGGCUCUCUCUGA